AUGUAUGAAUCACAAGAUAUAAGACAGCAAAGUAAACUUCUACCUUACUAUCGAUCCAAGCUGAUCAAGGAUUAUAAAAACAAAGAUAUGGCACGAUCACAGCCAAACAACAGUGUUAAGGAGUCACAAGCACAAGCAAUAGCAACUGAAGUCCGUGAAGGGACAGGCACACAUGAGAGAGCGUUUACCAGAUGGAUGAAGGCAAAUUUACCUCAUAUUAAAUGGGUUGUAAGGAAGAGUGCCGUAGGUGGCACUUCUAGUCUGAUAGUUUAUGAGAGUACAGAAGAUCCGAAGAAAUGGAUAACUUACCUUUGGAAGAGCCUUUGUUUUGUACAAGAGGAGCUGGAAGACGCUUAUGAAUACGCCUUUGGAGUGAUGAAAGCAUUCGUACAGCCAACAGAGCAACCUUUAACUUGCGAAGAUACUGUUGCUGAAUUAAUGUUCUAUGCCAGAAAAGAAGGUUAUAUAGUUCAAUGGAUUACAUCCAUGCAUAAUACACCACACUUGAAUCAAUUCAUCAUGACAGGUCCGGAUGGAUAUAAGUUCGAAACCAAAGUCACAGCCUGGUAUCCGACCUGUUGGAAGGAGACCAAGACUGAGCUUGAAAGGAUCACAAAUAAGGACUUCGGAUUUACUUUCGAUAAGAUAAAUAGGGAGGUUGCAAAGAAGAUUGCAGAAGAAUUGAGGGAAGCAAUAAACACUCCUCAGAAAGAGUAG